AUGUGUUCCCAAUCUCAAGACAAGUUCCACUUGAACGAGGACUUGACCUGUCUUGACAAGGAAAUUGGUCCCAGGAUUGUUCAACGCGGAAAAUAUUGGGUGUUUGAGAACUAUAUUCAAGCCAAUAAGCGGUUUCAUUGCAAUGAAUCGGUUACUUUCACCACCCAUUCAGAUCCGACUUUUCUGAAUAAUCUUCAACCUCUCCUGGAACGUUGGCAAGGCCCGAUCAGCUUGGCAAUUUAUGCUCCAAGCACGGAUUUCAGCACGGCUGUCAAGGCCAUCAUGUAUCAACGCCAGUGUCAGACGUCUGAUCUGGUCAGGGAUUUGGUUACAUUUCAUUUAUUCUUCGAUUUCAACCACAUGCCACCCUCAUUCCAACCUAUUCUUAAACCCGUUGAUAUAAGCACUUAUAUUGCGAAAUGUAACCAAUACUCUUCUGAAGAAAUCAACCCAGUCAAGGAGAAAUUGUAUAAGAGCGUGAACAAUCUCCCGUAUCCCGUGAACGUGGCCCGAAAUGUGGCACGGGAAACUUCCAAUACUCAUUUUGUCUUUCCAUGUGACAUUGAAUUGUAUCCAAGUCCGGGUUUCAUACCGGAGUUUUUGGACAUGAUCCGCAGAAAUGAUCCCAUUCAGAGAUCCCCCAAGCCCAAGGUGUAUCCUCUGGUGAUUUUCGAGAUUGACGAAGGUCAAUCAUUGCCCAGCACAAAGAAAGAACUGAUUGAAUUAUAUGCCCUAAACGUGAUCCACACGUUCCACUUCAGUUUUUGCUUGCGCUGUCAUUUGGUCCCCAGGUGGAAUGAGUGGAUUGCCGACGCAAGUCCUGGCGCAAUGGAGGUGUUCACCGUUGGAAACCGGCAGCCUCCAUUCGAGCAUUGGGAGCCAAUUUUCAUUGGCUCCCACUCUGAUCCACUUUAUGACGAGCGACUCAGUUGGGAUGGACAGCGAGACAAAAUGACCCAGGGCUACGUCAUGUGUGUGCAAGAGUACGAGUUUCACGUCCUCAACAACGCCUUCCUCAUUCACAAACCUGGAGUUAAAACCAAAGAGAUGAGCUUCAGUCAACGAAAUGAAACGAGCAUCGAGAUCCAGAAGAAAUUGGUUUUCGAGACGAUUGCUCACGAGCUCGAACUCAUUUAUGGAACCAAAGGGCGCUGCACGUGUUAAAUGUGAAUCCGAGUCAAUGAUUAAUGGGGAUGACACCAACC